UCCAUCAAAAAAGCCUGGGCUGGUGCUGAGGGGGAUAGUGCGGGUCUGGACUGCAGGCAGGUGAAGAGCUACGCCCGGGACCUGGAGGCUGUUCAGUCUGAGCUCACUUAUCAGGCGUCACAGGGGGGUCGGUGGUCAAGGGGUACGGGAGGGUCCCCUGAGUUCUGACGUCACGCCUGCGUGCGCAUUUCCUGCUGGCUCUUGGUGAAUGGAUCCCUGGUCCCCCCCUUCCCCUCCCAGCUCUGAUUCCUGAGCACAGACCCUCCUACCUGUACUAAUCCAAGCGCAUCCAUCCUCGCAGCAUCACAUGCAGAGGAUUUUGGUCCUUGGAAUCUAUUGUUGAGUAUUUUAAAGUCUGGCCAUAUCCGUACAACGUGAGAAAGCACACACAUCUCCAAAUGCCUAAAAAUAGUAAAGUAACUCAGCGAGAGCACAGCAACCAGCAUGUUACAGAAUCUGUGGCUGACUUAUUGGCCCAUGAAGAGCCUGUAGAUCACAAGGCAAGUGCUUUAAAUGUGUCAGGAGAAGAAUCCAGAGGAAAACAGCUAGAAGACCUAGGAGAUCAAGAUGACCGACCAGCCUGGAAUAACAAAUUACAGUAUAUUCUCGCACAAAUCGGAUACUCAGUGGGCCUGGGCAAUGUUUGGAGGUUUCCAUACUUGUGCCAGAAAAAUGGAGGAGGUGCCUAUAUGAUCCCCUACCUGAUUUUACUCAUUUUAAUUGGCAUCCCUCUGUUCUUCCUUGAGUUGGCUGUGGGGCAAAGAAUUCGCCGAGGUAGUAUUGGAGUGUGGAAUUAUAUUUGCCCUCGACUUGGAGGAAUCGGCUAUGCCAGUUGUGUUGUCUGCUUCUUCGUCGGCCUUUACUAUAAUGUAAUCAUUGGAUGGAGCAUAUUUUACUUCUUCCAGUCGUUCCAGUAUCCUCUACCUUGGAAUGAAUGUCCAACAGUAAAAAACCAAACAGUAAUUAUGGUGGAACCAGAGUGUGACAAAAGCUCAGCUACAACAUAUUUCUGGUAUCGGGAAGCCUUAGAUAUCUCAGAUUCUAUAUCCGAAGGAGGGGGUCUUAACUGGAAAAUGACACUGUGUCUGUUAUUUGCAUGGAGCAUUGUUGGAAUGGCGAUGAUAAAAGGCAUCCAAUCAUCAGGCAAGGUGAUGUACUUCAGUUCUCUCUUCCCAUAUGUGGUAUUGAUAUGUUUCCUUGUCCGUGGCUUGCUCUUACGUGGAUCUGUGGAUGGCAUUCUUCACAUGUUGACACCAAAAGUUGAGAAGAUGUUGGAUCCACAAGUGUGGAGAGAGGCAGCCACCCAAGUUUUCUUUGCCCUUGGACUUGGCUUUGGAGGGGUCAUUGCAUUUUCAAGCUUCAACAAGCAGGAUAACAACUGCCAGUUUGAUGCAGCUCUUGUCUCUUUCAUAAAUUUUUUCACAUCUGUCCUGGCUACUCUGGUGGUGUUUGCUGUUCUUGGUUUUAAAGCCAAUGUGAUGAAUGAGAAAUGUGUGGUCCAUAAUGCAGAGAAAAUCCUUGGGUAUUUGAAUUCUCACAUACUAAGUUAUGAUCUUAUACCACCGCAUGUGAAUUUCUCUCACCUGACGACUGCUGACUAUGCUGAAAUGUAUCAAGUUAUCAAAACAGUAAAAGAAGAUCACUUUCAAGAUCUGCAUCUUGAUGCCUGCUUGCUGGAGGAUGAACUUAACAAGGCAGUUCAAGGAACGGGGUUGGCUUUCAUAGCAUUUACAGAGGCCAUGACUCAUUUCCCUGCCUCGCCAUUCUGGUCUGUUAUGUUUUUCUUCAUGCUGAUUAACCUUGGGCUAGGAAGUAUGAUUGGCACAAUGUCUGGCAUAAUCACACCUCUUGUAGACACAUUUAAAGUACGAAAAGAAAUACUGACAGUCAGCUGUUGCAUCCUUGCCUUCCUGCUGGGUUUGAUCUUUGUUCAGCGUUCGGGGAAUUAUUUCGUCAACAUGUUUGAUGAUUACUCUGCCACACUACCACUCACCAUUGUGGUCAUCCUGGAAAACAUUGCAGUAGCUUGGGUUUAUGGCACGAAGAAGUUUAUGCAGGAGCUUACAGAGAUGCUUGGUUUUCGACCUUACAGCUACUACUUUUACUCAUGGAAAUAUGUUUCACCAAUCUUUAUGGCUAUCCUGCUGACGGCAAGUGUCAUUCAACUUGGCAUUAGUCCCCCUGGUUACAGUGCAUGGAUCAGAGAACUGGCAACAGAACAAUAUGUAUUGUACCCUCCAUGGGCACUUUCAUUACUUAUUUGCCUUAUAAUACUAGCUAUUCUACCAUUCCCCGUUAUCUUCAUCCUGUGGCAAUUUCAACUCCUACCUGAUGGAUCAAAUAGACUAUCUGUGUCGUAUAAAAAAGGUCGUAUGAUGAAGGAUAUUUCCAACCUGGAGGAGAAUGAUGAAACACGCUUUAUAUUGAGCAAAGUGCCUAGUGAAACCCCAUCUCCGAUGCCCUCUCAUCGUUCAUACCUGGGUCCUGAAAAUGCUUGUCCUUUAGAUUUAGGAGGAGCAUCUAAUGGACGCUACGGAAGUGGCUAUGUCCUGGCAACAACCCCUGAGUCAGAACUGUGAUCCGUUCUUCUGAUUAUCCUUACAACAUUGUCAGAUGCAAUUAAGAUUGAUUAUUUUAUUUAUAAAUAUAUAUAUAUAUUUUGUGAAACCUUCCAAGACACCUUCUGGCAAAGGCUGAUUAAAAAGAGUUAUAAUUUCACAAAUGUUAAGAUUCUGUGGAAUCAGAAAACCAAUUUUCUCCAUGGCACAACUCAUAACUCUGAAGAACACUUCAAGAUACUCCCGGACUUGGGUUAGAAUGUCUACUUUGUAAACAUUUACAGUCUGCUAUAAUGUAAAUUUACACAAGUAUUUAAGUCACGAAGACUAUUAGAUUGCACAGUAUAUCAAGCUUUAAAACACAGAACAGGAUAUGGUUGUAAACCACUAUUUAUCAUUCGUGUUUGGCAUGUGUCAAAUCACAAAGGUUAAUCAUUUUAAAACACAUUUUUUUUCAUUAUUUAAGCAGCCUUAGAAAUGGCAACAAAACAUUUUUGAUUUGAUCAAGACCCUACUGCCAUCUCUUCCUAGACCAGCCAAUUUAAUUCAACUGUGAUUCAUUAGACACAAGCAUUUUAUAGGUUUUUAAAAGCUUUGUACAAGUAUUCUUUUUCUUUCUUACUUUAGGCAAUUUUUAUUUUGAAUCUCUGGAGCCUGACAAUCGAGAGAGAACAAAUGAAUCUGCUAUGCAGGAGUGAAUACAUUGCAUACAUUGUGACCAACCCUUUCAUUUUGGGUUAAUUGCAAUAUAAUUCCAUGAGACUUUGAAUUGUGUUCAGUUAUAAUUAAGGUUACAGGUGCACCACAUUAUUUCAAAAUUAAGCGUAUCUCUAGAGAUGAUUGCCAUAUGUAACUUCCCCUACUGUGUCUUUCCUAUCAAUAUACACUUUGCAAUUACAAUCACUGCAAUUGUCACUAAAGUUAGACAAUAAUUGGCAUUUUCCUAAAAGAUACAAAAAUUACAGACUUUUUGUGCUCAUUUCUAUUGUCUUUCCAUAACACCCCAGCUUUAGUCUUUGUACUAAGAAUGUAUUCUAAUCUAUACUUUUACAGUGGUACCAUUUUAUGCCAUGCCAACACAUUUAUGAUGCUAUAUGUUAUUGAAUCAGUAUCAACAUGUCUAAAUUAACUCAAGUUCCGGCGUUUCCCAAUAUAUUUUUCAAUGUAGACGUCAACAUACAGAAUGAAUUCUGACAGACAGUAAAACAGUGUUUUUAUACCAGACUUGGGGUAGUAAAAGCUUCCUUGAAAUAAUCUUAUUUAUAAUAUAGCAAAAUACUGACAGUAGCUGCCAUGGCAUAAAAUAGCACUAUCUGCUCCAGGUAUAGCAAUCAAAGCUCUUUAUAAUUCUUAUUAUUUUUGAUUAUUUAAAAUAUGCCAUGCACUUUAGUGGAGGUGGAAAUAUUUCAACUCAGGGUCGAUAUGUUGUGUUUGUAAAUCCAUAAAAAUAUACAUACUGUGGAAAGUGGGCUUGUGAUGUUUGAUAACACUAUUUACAGUAGUUUAUUGAUUAUUUGCAGUGUUUCCCUGAGAGAACCUAUCUAACUAAUUUUAAGAAGUUUCUUUUGAGAAAUCGUCAAAUUUACAUGGAAAUGUUUGAGUUCCCUUGGCCAUCGUAAUCACUGCAUGCUUUAGAACUUCUCAUGAAGGAAACUAACUGACAACUGUUGUUCUGCUGCUCGGGGUUUAGUAACCCAAUUCUAUUA